GGUAGUGAGCGCGGCAAAGAUGGCGGCGAUCGGGAUCCACUUGGGGAGCAGCUGCGCCUGCGCGGCCGUUUAUAAGGAUGGCCGUGCAGAUGUUGUGGCUAAUGAUGCUGGGGACCGAGUAACUCCUGCAGUGGUUGCGUUUUCUGAAAAGGAAGAGAUUGUUGGUCUGGCAGCGAAACAAAACCGGGUGAGAAAUCUCUCAAAUACCGUAGUGAAAGUGAAACAGAUCCUUGGAAGAAGCUCUGGAGACCCACAAGCGGAAAAAUACAUUGCAGAAAGUAAAUGUUCAGUCACCGAAAAGAAUGGAAAACUUACGUAUGAAAUAGAUGGCAAACUCGUUUCUCCAGAAGAUGUUGCAAAGUUAAUCUUCAGGAAAAUGAAAGAAACUGCUCAAUUCGCAUUGGGUUCUGAUGUCAACGACACUGUUAUUACCGUGCCUUUUGAUUUUGGAGAGAAGCAGAAAAAUGUCCUUGGAGAAGCUGCUAAAGCAGCUGGACUUAAUGUUCUUAGACUAAUUCAUGAACCAUCAGCGGCUCUGCUGGCUUAUGGAAUUGGACAAGAUUCACCCAACGGAAAAAGCCACGUGCUGGUGUAUAAACUUGGAGGUGCUUCGCUUUCCAUCACGGUCGUAGAAGUCAACAGCGGGCUGUAUCGGGUGCUGUCUACCACCACCGAUGACAGCAUAGGUGGGACCUGUUUUACCGAAGCGUUAGCGCAACACUUGGCUUCGGAAUUCCAGAGAUGCUAUAGAAAUGAUGUGAGAGGAAAUCCCAGGGCUAUGAUGAAGUUAAUGAACAGUGCUGAAGUUGCAAAACAUUCAUUAUCCACCCUGGGAACCGCCAAUUGUUUUGUGGACUCCCUCUACGAUGGGAUGGAUUUUGACUGUAAUGUUUCCAGGGCCCGAUUUGAACUUAUUUGUACUGCACUUUUUGUUAAGUGCAUUGAAGCGAUCAAAAAAUUGUUGGAACAAGCAGGACUUGGGACGGAUGAUAUUAGCAAGGUGGUUCUCUGUGGUGGAUCAGCCCGUAUUCCAAAACUGCAACAAAUGAUCAGAGAACUUUUCCCUAAUGUUGAACUGCUAAACUCCAUCCCUCCCGAUGAGGUCAUCCCUAUCGGAGCGGCCACAGAAGCAGGAAUCUUGCUUGGCAGAGAGCAGAUAUUUUCAGAUGACGACAUGCUGUCCAUUGAAUGUUCUGCCAAGGACAUACUAGUCAAGGCAGUAGACCAGUUGGGGGCUGACAAAUUCCUCGUGGUGUUCCCAUCAGGAACGCCUUUGCCAGCUCGAAGGCAGCACACUCUGGAGGCCCCAGGAGAAAUUUCCUCCGUCUGUCUGGAAUUGUACGAGUCUCUGGAAAAGGGUCCAGUCAAAGAAGACGAGAGAUUUGCACAGAUUGUGCUCCAGGAUUUAGAUGUCAAAGAAGAAGGUCUGCAUCAUAUAUUAGCUAUCCUUACAAUGAAGAGGGACGGAUCAUUACACGUAACCUGCACAGAUCAAGACACUGGAAAAUCAGAAGCCAUCACUGUGGAAGUGGCCUCACAGGCAUGAUUAGAAAGCCCCUUUUCUCAGUUAUAGUAAAUUUUAUUUUCACACACAGCUUUGGGUCUCAUUCUUCAGAGGAACCGAUAAUAGCUAGGCGUCUUCACUAUGAACUGUAAACUGUUUUAAUGGAGAAGUACACAUACCUACAAACCCAUAAUGGCAAAUUGGCUUCAUUUCAGUUUGUGAACCGUGUACAUUGGAGAAUCUAUUCUGUUACUUGUGAAUAAUAAACCCUUAUGUUUUUAUAUUCAUCAUAAGGCCGUCAUU